UGAGUGUUUCAGUCUGGCAACGCUUGCAAUUAGUUCGAAAAGAGCAUUUGUUUAAAUUUGUUAUAUUGCGACCUUUUAAUGGAUCAAAAUAUCAAGAAUGUUGAUCUCAAACUGGAUAACAUUGAGGUUCUGACCAGUGGGACAACCGCGGAGUUCGUGAAUGGCAUCCUGGACUUUUUGCUUUACCAACGCCGGCAAAUCCCCUUUGUGUACAAAACAUACAAAUAUUAUGUGGACAAAUGGUCAGAUGCGGAUGAAUCGGAGGAAUCCAAGGAUCAGGAGUCCUUUGCCCACUACCAAAGGAACCAGCAACGCUCCAAGGCAAAGGCCACCAAGGAAUCCAUUAGUGACAUGAGAGAGGUCAUCCGACAAGCCUUCAGGAGCUCUGAAGUGAAGAGCCUGCGAUUUCUGUUUGGCAACAAUAUUUUCAUGCCCUCGGAGGCCUAUACCGUGCACAUACCACAUGAUUCCAUAUCCAGAGAUCACUAUUGCGAGCACCAUGCCCUGCCCGAAGGUCGCAUCAACCAGGCGCUGCUCCGCCUGCUCACCUGCGAGGAGCUGUACAGGCUCUUCUCUACCGAACUGAAAGUCACCAACGUGUUUCUAGAAAUGGAGCUCCUUACAGACUCAGAUCGUCUCCAAGGAUCCCAUUGUGACUCAUUUAAUCUAAUCCCUAAGCAUGUAUUAAGCCAACUUCCGCGCAGCUGCAAGGACAUACACCUGCAUCUACUGCAUUGCAGUGAAAACACACCAAAUGAAUUACGCUGCUGCAAGGAGAUGGACAUUUACCACGAUCUUGGCGUGUUGAAUCUGGAUAAAUCUGGGGAAGACGUUAGCCAGACCAACGAAGAGCAGGUCUUUUUGAAAGCAGCAAAUGAAACCAGCGGUUGGUGGCAGGCCGAGAUCAUAGUUCGCGGUUUCAGAGCUCCUGGCAACAAAAAUUCGGAUGAUUUGUGGUCUAGCUAACAUUUUAUAACUUGGGUUCUUGCUAUUCGGCGUGUUUGUGCCAAAAAUAAAGUAUCAAAUCGUUUACAUUUCAA